AGAGAGAGAGAGAGAGAGAUGAAGAACGGCUUCAGUUUGUUCAUCCUUGCUGUAAUUCUCGGAACCUGCCAUGGAGGCGGGUUGAGGAAGAACUUCUACAAAAAGAGCUGUCCUUUAGCUGAGCAGAUUGUUCAAAACGUCACCUGGAGCAAUGUGGCCACCAAUUCAGCAUUGCCUGCUAAGCUUCUAAGGAUGCAUUUCCACGAUUGUUUUGUUAGGGGUUGUGAUGGCUCUGUGCUGCUGGACUCUACUGCCAGCAAUUCAGCUGAGAAGGAUGCCGUUCCAAACCUUUCACUUUCAGGUUUUGAUGUUAUUGACGAAAUCAAGUCCAAACUGGAAGAGGCUUGCCCCGCCACAGUUUCUUGCUCAGAUAUUCUUGCUUUGGCUGCUAGAGACUCUGUUUCCUACCAAUUCAAGAAAUCGAUGUGGGAAGUGCUAACUGGCAGGAGAGAUGGAUCUAUUUCGCGGGCCUCGGAGGCUCUGGCAAACAUCCCUUCACCAUUCUUCAACUUCACCACCCUCAAGCAAUCUUUCGCCAACAAAGGUCUUACAGUUCAUGAUCUUGUUGUGCUAUCAGGUGGACACACCAUUGGUGUUGGACACUGCAAUUUCUUCAGCAACAGGCUGUACAACUUCACUGGCAAAGGCGACGCGGAUCCUUCCCUGAACUCAACCUAUGCUGCAACCCUGAGAACAAAAUGCAAAAGCCUCUCAGACAAGACAACAGUAGUGGAAAUGGACCCAGGGAGCUCUCAAAACUUUGACAACCAUUAUUUCACCAUCUUGAAGCUGCACGAAGGCCUUUUCCAGUCGGAUGCUGCUCUUCUAACCAACAAGGGUUCUAGUAAUGUUGUUGAUGAGAUGCUCGACUCUAACAAGUUCUUCACCGAGUUUGCGCAAUCAAUGAAGCGAAUGGGGGCGAUUGAAGUGCUGACGGGAACUUCAGGACAGAUUAGGAACAAGUGUCGUGCUGUUAACUCUUGAGAAUUUGGUGUACUUGUGGGUGGUGUUUGUGAGCUUUGGGAAGUAGUAGCCAUUCUUAUUUGAAUAAGGUCAUUGGUCUUAGUAUACAUGAUUUUGUUGUUAUACUAGCAAAGUGUGUUGUUCCAGGGAGGCUGUAAUCUAGAUGUUGUAAUUUGGAAAAUCCUACCCUGUACCUCUUCUUGAUUUUUGCGCGGCUUAUAUGUCAAACAUGAAGAGGGUCCAUUAAAAGAAUUAAUAAAUCAUAAAUCAUGACAGGAAUGGUGUGAUUAAUUUAUCAA